AUGAAACAAAUAAGCCAGUUGAGCGUAAGACAAGAGGGUCAGCAGGAGCUGUGGAUGUUUCUGCCUCACGCUGUGAAUCCCGUGCUACCUUCAAGGUCACACGACUGGAAACGUGAGACUAAACUGAGGACGCGGAACGGGAUUGAAGAAGUCAUCAGAGCGUUAAAAAGUGUCGCCUAUACACCUACAGCUAACAAAAGCACACACACACACAAACACACACACACAAACAAGCAUGUAACACACUACAGGGUGGACUCUGCUUUCCCUCUGCUCCCACAGUGCCGAGCGGCAGGCGUCAUCACAGCAGGGAGACAAAGAGUCAGUACUGUUACUUCGCCUGUUGUACAUGAAAGACUGUGA